CUCCCGGCGUCCCGCGGGCGCGCUUGUGUGUCGCAGUUGCGGGAAAUGUCUCUGAUCAAGAUUGAUGAAAGAAGCAAAGUGUGAUCACUUCUAACGUGUUUUUAUUUGUUUUUCCGCAUCGCAGUUUAAUCAUUUCUGCCUCCAGGAAGCGAUUCCUUCGGUUAGCUUUCGGCUGCAAGUUGCUGCAGUUGUCAAAGACACCGAAGAAUGCCAUUAUCAUGAAGUGAAAAGGAAGGAGGUAUGUGGCUCAGUUUCUGCAAUGCAAGCUGUGGAUUGUGUAAAUAUUGCAGCUAGCUGUUUCGGGGGAGAAAUGAACAGAUUUCUUUCAAGAAUGGAAAAACCACCUUUUAAACAAGUGCAGACAUGUGGACCCUGGGAUCUAAAGGAGCGCCUCGGAACAGGAGGCUUUGGACAUGUUUACAUGUACGAGCAUAAGAACACUGGAGAAAGGAUUGCUGUUAAAGCCUGUCGCUUGGAGUUGAGCACAAGAAACAAAGAAAGGUGGUGCCAUGAGAUUCAAAUUAUGAAAAAGUUAAACAACACAAAUGUUGUAACAGCAUGUGAAGUUCCAGAAGAAAUGCGGGAUAUUGCAUUUAAUGAUGUCCCUCUUCUUGUGAUGGAAUACUGUACAGGAGGUGACUUACGUAAGGUGUUAAAUAAGCCUGAAAAUUGCUGUGGACUUAAGGAGAGUCAAGUGCUUAGUAUCUUACAGGAUGUUGGUUCUGGAAUCCAGUAUUUACAUGAAAAUAGAAUUAUCCAUAGAGAUCUGAAACCUGAGAACAUUGUAUUGCAAGAAACCAAUGGCAAGCUGAUACACAAAAUAAUUGACUUGGGCUAUGCAAAGGACCUGGACCAAGGAAGCCUUUGCACCUCUUUUGUUGGCACGCUGCAAUACCUGGCACCAGAACUAUUUGAGUCACAACCUUACACAGUCACUGUCGACUACUGGAGCUUUGGAACAUUAGUGUUUGAGUGCAUCUCUGGUUUUCGACCAUUUUUACACAAUAUGCAACCUUUCCAAUGGCAUGGCAAAGUUAAAAUCAAAGGCCAAAAUGAUAUUAUGGCUGUUGAAGAGAUGAAUGGUGAAGUGAAGUACUCCCAAAACUUACCACAGCCCAAUGGUCUUAGCAGCCUCAUGGUAAAACCACUGGAGACAUGGCUACAGUUAAUGCUGGGUUGGGAUUCAAAACUGCGAGGUGGCAAAAUAGAACCACAGUCAAAUCGACCAGAGUGUUUUUUACUUCUCGAUCAAAUUUUAAGUCAGAAGUAUGUACAUAUAUUAAAUAUGACUUCAGCUCGAAUCCACUCUUUUCUGAUCAAACCUGAUGAAAGCCUCCAUUCCCUUCAACUUCGUAUUGAAACUGAAACAGCUAUAUCUCCUGCAAAUCAGGAGUUGCUUCUAGAAACUGGAAUUUCGUUGGAUCCUCGUAAACCAGCCAAUCAGUGUGUACUGGAUGUGAGAGGCUGGGAUAGCUACAUGGUCUAUCUAUUUGAUAAAAGUAGCACUAUCUAUGAAGGACCUUUUGUUGCCAGAAAAUUACCAGAACAUGUCAAUUAUGUGGUGCGGGAUGCUAAGAUAAUGUUGCCCAAUGUACAACUGAGGAAGGUAUGGGGUGAAGCAGUAAAUUAUGUCUGUGGAUUGAAGGAGGAUUACAGCAGACUUUUCCAGGGACAAAGAGCUGCAAUGCUGAGUCUCCUUCGUUACAACAAUAACCUUACAAAAAUGAAGACAACAAUGUUUUCCAGUUCUCAACAGUUGAAGGCCAAGUUGGAUUUCUUUCAGUCAAGCAUUAAACUUGAUCUGGAAAAAUACAGCGAACAGAUGGCAUAUGGAAUAUCUUCUGAGAAGAUGUUGAAAGCAUGGAAAGAAAUGGAAGAAAAGGCAGAAGCUUGUAAACAAGCUGCUGAAAUUGGUCAUUUGGAAGAACAGAUUGUGGGAUUACACACUGAAAUAGUGGAACUGCAGAGGAGUCCAUAUGCAAGGCGUCAGGGAGACGUUAUGGAAAACCUAGAACAGAAAGCCAUUGAUUUAUACAGGAAGCUCAAGGGGAAACCAAAAGAUUCACAUCAAUACGGAGACAGCACAGAAAUGGUAAAGAUCAUUGUUCAAACUGUGCAGAAUCAAGAUCGGGUGCUAAAGGAGCUGUAUGCCCAUCUCAGUAAACUUCUGGCCUGCAAGCAGAAAAUCAUUGAUCUUUUUCCCAAGAUUGAACAAGCACUUGAUAACAUUAGAGAAAAUGAAAAAAUGUUAUUGCGGUCGCAAGAAAAGAGGCAGAAAGAAAUAUGGUAUUUGUUAAAAAUUGCUUGUAGCACAGCUCGAGGUCCUGAAAGUGCAAGCCCGGUGUCCUCUGGUUCACCCCAUGGUUUAGGAUGGGCACAACAAGGGCAAAAUUUUAUGCCACAACAUGCUUUACCUAACCCUUUGUCCUCUAUGCCUGCAAUGAAAAACAGUGAAUCUUCAAUGUCUGUAAUUGAAGAGAACCAACAUUUCUGCAGCCAGUUGCAUAAUUUGAUGCAGGAAACUCUGUCAGAACAGAAUAAUAGUAUAUCGUCUCUUGAUUGGAGCUGGCUUGAAGAAAUGCUGUCAGACAGACUCUGAAAUACAUAUUUUGGCAUGGCAGUUGAUUUAAUGAGCCCUGAACACCAGAAGUCUUUGAAUCAGUGUUGAUUUGCUGUUGUGCACAUAAUAAAGAAAAGUCCUGUUUCUGGACAUGGGAACAGAAUCUUAGGUCUGUUUCAGAUCCAUGUCUCUUAGGACUUUAACUGUACUGUAUCAGUUCAAUGCAGGGCAGUGCAAGAAAGUAUUGAACCUGCAUGUUAUACUGCUUGUUGCCUUUGUCACUAUCUAUUUUUAUGUUACAGUUAAGACAACAUUUUAGCUAAAAUUCUUUUAGAUAUUUAAUGAAAGCAGAAAUUCGGAAAUAUUCAAGUCUGUCAACAGUUGGAAUAAUCAAAAGGUGCUUGUACAAGUUUGUAGAAGUUGUUUAUUGAAAUUGAAGGACCAACAACUUUAACUGUCACACUUUUAUAAAUCAGUUGCUAUAGGAUUUGCAGGAUUGUUUUAUUCUGCUUGUUUAUUCACAUCAGUAUUUAUUUAGAAGAGGUAAGGCUAAAAAUAUUUUCCAAAUCUUUCUCUGCAUUAUACAUGGCAAGGGAAGUAAUUCCAGAAUAAUUUGUUGCACAUUUUGAUUAUUUUAAAAGAUCCAUUUUGCAUAUCAUCUACAUGCAUGCCUUUCUGGUCUCCAUGCAGCAAUAACCAAUUGAAGUCUAGCUGCAUUGUAUAAGAUUUAGGCAGUGUCCUCCUGUGCUUUUAGGAAGUUCAGUAGGCCAUGACUUUCAAGUCAUUAAAUAUCCUUGGAGACCUUUAACAGUUACUUGGGUAACAACUACAGAGUUUAAUGGUGCCCUCAAUUCUUAGCAUGUCUAAAGUUGUGCAUCCUGCAUGAUGGCAUUCCCCACUGAUGACUAUCGACCCUGGAGCCAAAACCAACUACAGGUUUCAAAAUUACUUACUUUCUUGACGUUAAAUGAAAUUCUCCUGACUGUUGUUUACUCAUUCAAAAUACAGCCUGCAGGUUUUCCUACUACUUCAGCUGCAAUUUCUGAAAAGCAACGACAAGCAUUCUGUAGAAGCCAUAUUCAUUUCAAGUGUUUCAUAAAAAAAGUUGUGCAAUGUUUGCAAAAUGGUAUAUAGCUACCUGAAAAGUUCUGUCAUGUUUGUAGAAAUCAAUUUGUGUCUCUAAUAUUUUAUUGACUGCUAUUCAGAAAAGAUACUAAGCAGCUAUCAUGACCAGUAACAUACCGUCACAGUCCCUAAAAUUUCUAAAAUAAAUAUCAUUUUCAUUGGCACACUUAGUCGUAAUACAUUCCAUAAGUAGAAACCAUAUUUUCCACUCCUUUAUUGUAGUGAUUGGAAUGAGUUCAGCCAGGUGGACCAUGCAGAAUACGAGUUUCCUGUUUGAGGCUGUUAACCUGGUCGAAUCAAGUUGCCCUGACUGACAUAUAUAAACAGGAGUGCUGGGGGUUCUGUUCACUUUAGGAGACAGCUCUGAGCUAGCUGGGUCAGUGUCAUCUACUAUGCAUGUGUAAAUAAAGGGUGACUUGGUAAGUGGAAACUAUUUGAAUGACACUUUCUUUAUGGUUAAGUAACUCCUGCUUUUGUCCAGCACUGUGAUUGUGGCAAAUUGGAGGCUACUCUCUAUCCAGUAGUUAAAAUUCACCAUUUUUGGGUUUGAAGCAAAUACUGGUUCUUGACGGUUGUUACAGCUGCCCGGAAAGCUUCCACUGUUGAGUUUGUUUUGUCUACUUCGUCGGGAUUGUUUGAAUGGAGAAUGCAAAUAUUACAGGAUCAGUGUUUUUACAUACAGGAAUUGUUAUUAUUGUUUUGACCGAAUAGAUGUAAGUUCCUCUUAUACCUUGAAAUUUGAUGAACAGUUUCUUGCAGUGUAUAUACAUCUGGGUAAACCUUUAGGCUCUACUUGGGAGUAAUUACCAGUUGAUCUAAGGAUUAAAAGAAAAAUGCAAGGUCAUAUGUGGAUGGCACUCUCUUUAACUUACUAUUUUCCACAGCUUUCCUUGACUUCAUGGCCCAACCAUCAUUUUUGACGAAAAGUGUAAAAAAUUGCUUCAGAUGUACUCUGGUGUUGUUUUAAAACUGGUUGAUAACCUAACUUGGCUGCCAAGGGAUUGCUGACCCUUUUUGGCCCUUGAAAAUGAAUCUGACUUUGGCAGCGUAACUAAAAUUAACAACAUGAUUUUUUUAAAAUUUUGGAGCUUGCAGCUGUAUGCUUGGCUCAAAGCAUUGACUCUUCAACAUUCUGCACAAACCCAAACUAACUAACCCUAAACCCUUCAACCAUUUUCCAUCUUUAACAUGAUAAAAGAUGCAAGGUUUUGUUUUUAAUUUUUAAGUGACCUGUUUAGUCAAUUAUUGUUUUAAAAUGUUUAGAAGACUUUUAUGACCUACUGUGAAAUGACUUCUUGCACUGUGACAGUCUGUGUAUAUUUGUUCUUAAUUGACAUAUUUAAAUUGAGAUGCAUAACUCCCACAGCGAGAGAUGGAAGUACCUUUAGUCAUGAAUUUGUUCUGUAAUCAUUGACCACUGAAUUUUUUUUUCUGAGUGGAAAAUAGCUCUGUACCCAAAAUAUUUCAUGAUUUCUUGCAAAACAACAGUGGUGCCUACUUUGUAAUUGCCCAACAUGGCAUCAUUUACCUGUGCCUUUGGUUUUUGCUGUUGAUUUGGUGUAAAUAGGAAAUUUCUCCUUAAGUAAUCUUUUGCAUAUUUCCACCAUUGUGCUGAUUGAGACUGAACCAUAAAUUAUAGUAUGGUACAAAAAGGUUUGUUAUACUCCCUCACAAAUUGAUUUGUGUUUUUGAUUUCUUAGUACAAGUCCCAUGACUUUAAGUUGUUUAUUUCGUUUUAUUAAGCAGUCACAUUUGUGUCUAUAUGUCUACAAUAGUCUAGUGGGGGGAAAAAUAGCUUAUCAUUAAGGCAUAGACCACUCUAAACAUUGUAUGAACGAGGACUGCACAGAGAUAAUACAGCAAGUAAUGGGAUGAAUUGGAGAAACGUACCACUUGUCUAGAUUUUAAGUAACAAAUACACAAGAUCUUGGAAAGAUAGUGAUUAGAUUCAGUUCAUGAGAGAACACCAACAAUGUCUUUCUUCUAGCAAACAGUUCCGCUGUCAAUCAUGUAUCUCUUGUACAUUUUCCAAUUUUCAUCCUAUGACAACAUUGAUUGCACUUUAAAAAAUAACAUUAUUUGAAUUUUGUGAUAUAAAGUUCUGUCACAAAAUAUUGUCAGCAAUAUGUUAGACAAUGGAUUUAUAUCCACCUCCUUAUUGAUAAUGAAACUUUUGUAUACUUUGUGUCUAUAUUUUUGUCCAAUAUUAGUUAAUACAGGAAGAUAUUUUUCUUAUUCUGUAAGCUGUUGUGUGAUUGGAUUCAUUUUUCAUCAAUGCUAAAGCAUUUAUCUAAAUUGAAAUUAAUAAUAAAAUUCUAUUGUUCUGUUUUUGAUGUAAUCACUUAUUCAAAUUUCUUAAGUAACUGAAUUCAAGAAAUAGACGUGAAUAUCAACAGAUAACAUGCAGAAAAGUUAAAACGCAAAUUUAAGUUCCUGUAUAUAAUUGCAUGAUAAAUGUUAUUUUUUUAACUCUUGUUUUAAACGUUAAUUUGUAUUUAUACAGUUCUGAAGUAGCAAAAGUGUAUUUUUUGUCAGUUUUGUUUUGACAGUUUUGAUUAUUGUCUGCUAUAAACCAAUCUUAAUGUUUUGAACUGUGUGAAAUGCAAAUGGUUCUCAGAUCCACUACUAUGGAGUUAUUUUGUUGCAAGCAAACUGACAUUAAAGAAUAAAUCAACAGA